CAUAUUCAUUCUGUUGUUAGAGACAGUUUUAUCUCAAGAGUCGACCCCUGGUAGCUUGCCCUUAUACCAACGCGUGUAUAGCCGUUACAGAUCUCCAAAUAACAAGUAAGGAUUUCCAACUAGCUUCCAGUUAUACGCGAUCUCCCGUUGGUGUGCUUUCCUUUCCUGUUUAAUUGAGUUAUUUUGAACAAAUUGUUCCGAUAGAUCAAUUCAACAGAUUAGCCUCUGGUAUCAUUUGACUGUCUCAUCAAAACACUCACCUUCCAGGCCCUUCAUUUCUUUAGCUCCCACCAAAUACGGCAUCCAUAGCGUACAACCGUUCCUAUCUGAUACAAUAUCGGGAGCCAUUCAAUUAACUACAACUACGCAAUAUUCACCAUUUAUAGGCAUACUUUCUGAGCCAAUAUAUCGCGUCUACCAUCUAAACCACACCAACUCGAUGACCACCCUUCCGCUUUCACAAAAUGCCUUUCUCUCGGUGUUUUCGCCCCCUGACUCCUCUGUCGCAAAGUCCCAGCUUGAAAUCUCGAAUGAUCUUGACAUGGUUCUCAUAUGGAUGCAAGAGCUGAUGCGCUCCAGUGACCCAAAGCUGCCCUCUAACCGCAUCAAGGUGGCCCUCAAAAACGUCUGCGGCACUGAAGACAUUCUUCUACUGCGCUACAUCGAUAGCAUGCGUUCGGACUUUAAACGUCGCGACGUCAGCAUUGACGGCUUGGACCUACGAGGAACUGCUUCCACUGUCGCAGUCCUUAAGCGGGGCUACGAAUUCGGGGUGCGGUACCUCCGGCUAGAUCCCGUGCACCAGACGCUCUUCGAGCGCAGUCUCCACGCAGUGCUACGAACCUUAUUCCCCGAGAAAACCCUCCUCCGCAUCUACAGCCAGUUGUUCUCCCGCGAUGUGGCUAGUGUCACCCGGAUCCUUGAGUCCAUUGGUUUGGGAGAGCAGAUCCGUAACACCGUCAUGCGGUUGGCCGUGGGCCACGUCAAAACCCACGUCACGGAGACGUGUUCUGGGGAAUGGGACGAGCCACAGCUCCAGGAAUUAGACCGCUGGAUCGAGACGGAGCUCUACCCCCGUAUCAACGUGUUUCCCUCCGCUGGCUCCAAGUCGGUCAGCUGGGAGAUUAACGAGGCGGCCGGGGAGUACGAUUUCAUCGCUGCACUUAAGGGAAUAGCCAGAGAUCGUCUCUUGGACCUCCGCAUCACCGAAAGCUUCGAUAUUGUCGUGGAUUAUCCCGACAGCUGUCCGGCCUUGGAAGAGAUGAAGCUCUGUCUUACGGCUUCGGACCAGCGGGCGAGCUUGGUCAACAGCUUCAUCCAGGCCUGUAACAAGCGGCUUCUCCAUUCGGCCGUGAACACCACUGAUAUCAUUUCCUUCUACAUCGCGCUGAUCCGCGGCUUCUUGGUGAUCGACCCCAGGGGCGUGCUCUUGGAUAAGGUUGCGCGGCCUCUCAGACGGUAUUUGAAGGACCGUGAUGACACGGUCCAAAAGAUUGUCCACGGGAUUUUGGACACGGAGAACGAGCUAGCGGAGUUGGCCCACGAGCUCAAACGUCCCACGAAGGAGAAGUACGACGACUUGGAUGUCAACUGGUGUCCGGACCCCAUCGACGCGCUCCCUGACUUUAAAAAGGGCAAGGUAGGGGACAUUAUCGGCGCACUCAUAUCCCUUUUCGACUCCAGCGAAGUGUUUGUGGCCGAGUGUAUCUCGCUUUUUGCGAUCGAGUUGUUGGGGUUGACCGACUAUGACGUCUCGGAGGUGUUGUUCCGGUUGGAGUUGCUCAAGCUCCGCUUCGGUGAGAACGAGAUCAGUGCAUUGGACGUCAUGGUGCGCGACUUAGUCGAGAGCAAGCGCGUGAAUGCGGCCGUACACUCAGACGGACUGAUUGGUUCGUAUUACAGCCUGACGGUCAUCUCACACUUGUACUGGCCAAACAUCGCCAGGGAAACGUUCAAACAGCCAGCUUUGGUCGAACAGCACUUUACACGAUACCGCGCGCGGUUUGAAACGUUAAAACAGGGGCGCACGCUCCACCCGGUACCGAUGCUCGGGACGGUGGUGUUAGAGCUCGAAUUCAAGGGGAAGCUAGUGGAGUUUACGGUCGAUCCGUUAAGGGCGAGCGUGGUGGCGUUGUUUGAAAAGAGCAGUCGGUUGACUUUGGGGGAUAUUAUGGCAGAGUUGCAGUUGGAGAAGGGCUACGCUGUCCGAGCUGUUAACUUCUGGAUCAAGAGCGGAAUCUUGUAUGAGCCGGAAACUGAGGUGUAUAUCACGUUGGAGGGGGAUGAAGUGAGUGAAGGGCAUAAGCCCUCCUCGGGAUUCUCCGAGGACUUGAACGAUGAACUGGAGAGGGAUGUUUUGGUGAUGGCAAAGUACUUGCCGUUUGUUACCGGGAUGCUCACUAAUCUUGGUGCGUCCCCGGUGGCUAAGAUCCAUGGUUUCUUGAAGAUGUUGGUGCCAAAGGAUAUCGGAGGGUAUAGCGCGACGGAGAAGCAGUUAGAGAUGUACCUUGAUCAUUUAGUGGAGGAGGAUAAAGUGGAGGUGGUGGGAGGGAAAUACAAGCUUAGAAAGUAGGAAUCAAGCGAAUCUAGCGCAGUGAGGUGAGCUAACAAAAGUGAACUGAGCAAGUUGGGCUGAGCAAGUUGAGCUGGGUGAAUCAAGUGAGCUUAAUAGCGAU